AUGAACGGUUUCAAUCGUGUACGUUCAACAUUACGUCGUACAUUUUUUUCAUCGAAUGGAGCUGAUGCAAGUCCAAAUACAACACGACGUGAAGAUUUUCCAAUAUUAAGUCAUCAUUUAUCAUCAUAUGAACGUUUUGAUUUAUCAACAGGUAGUCAAGGAGCAUCAACAACAUCUUUACAAAAUAUAAAUUCAAAUAAUAAUUCAUCAUCAUCACAUGCACCUAUUAUUGAAACAACUAGUGAUGGUGUGGAAUUUUUACCAAACAAUUCUAAACGUACAUUACGUACAAUACCAGGUGUAUUUUGUCCAAUUGCUUUAUCUAUGUUUUCAAUAUCAUUAUUUAUGCGUGUGGGUUUUGUUGUUGCACAUGCUGGAAUUUUACAAACAUUAUUACAAUUUGGUCUCUGUUUUAUUAUACUUUUUAGUACAUUAUUAAGUGUUUGUUCAUUAGCAACAAAUGGAGCUAUUGAAGGUGGUGGUGUUUAUCAUAUGAUAUCACGAGCAUUAGGACCUGAAUUUGGUGGAUCAAUAGGUGUACUAUUUUUUUUUGCUAAUGUUAUUGGUAAUGGACAAAGUGUUGCAGCUCUUGUUGAAGCAUUAGUUGAUAGUUUUGGACCUGGAAGUAAAGCAAACGCUUUUCAAGAUACACAUUGGUGGAGAUUUUUAUAUGGAACAAUAAUUAAUAUAAUUAGUCUUAUAACAUGUUUACUUGGUUCAUCAUUAUUUUCAAUGGCAACAUUUUUUAUAUUUAUUCUUGUUAGCUUUAGUUAUCUUAUGGUUGUUGUCUCAUUUUUUGUUCAAAGCCCAAGAGCUGUUGUCAUACCAAGAGUAAAUACAUAUGCAUAUGAUCAUCAAUCAUUUGAAUUGAAUAAAACCGAUUUAAUUUAUGGACAAUAUACAGGUUUUAGUUCACUAACAAUGCGUGAAAAUACUUAUGCAAAUUAUACAAUUGAUUAUACAACUGGUGAUAUGAUGAAUUUUGCUACGGUUUUUGGUGUACUCUUUUCGAGUAUAACAGGUUUAUUGGCUGGAGCAAAUAUGUCGGGAGAAUUAAAACGACCAAGUCGAAGUAUUCCAACUGGUUCUGUAUCUGCUCUAUUUUUUGUAUUUUUUAUAUUCAUUACGGAAACAUUACUUAUGGCUGCUACAACUGAUCGAUUUACAUUAACUAACAAUUAUUUAUUUUUACAAGAUAUUAAUAUUUGGGCACCAUUUGUAAUUAUUGGCAUGAUAGCUGCAGUGUUUUCAGCAUGUUUAUCAGGACUUAUUGGUGCAUCAAGAAUAUUAGAAGCAUUAGCGAUAGAUGAAAUUUUUGGACCAGUACUCAGUUGGAUUCGAGGUGGAACAACUCGACAUGGUAAUCCAUGGGCGGCUGUAAUAUUUACAUUUGUACUUGUACAGUUAACUUUAUUCAUUGGUUCAAUGAAUAAAAUAGCACCGAUUGUAACCAUAUUUUUUCUUCUUGCUUAUUUUGCGGUUAAUUUAUCCUGUUUGGCACUUGAUUUAGCAUCAGCACCUAAUUUUCGACCAACAUUUAAAUAUUUUUCAUGGCAUACAGCUUUAAUAGGUGCUGUUGGAUCAAUUAUAAUGUGUUUUAUUGUAUCUGCUGCUUAUGCUGCUAUAGCUAUUGGAAUUUUAAUUGGUUUUAUUUGUAUGCUACAUUUAAGAGAUUUUCCCAGAGCUUCAUGGGGUUCGAUUUCACAAGCUCUUAUAUUUCAUCAGGUUAGAAAAUAUCUUCUUUUACUUGAUCCACGUAAAGAACAUGUUAAAUUUUGGCGACCACAAAUGUUAUUACUUGUUGCUAAUCCACGUUCAUCAAUAAAUUUAAUUGAUUUUGUUAAUGAUAUGAAAAAAGGUGGUCUUUUUAUAUUAGGUCAUGUUAAAACAGGUCACAUGACUCAUGGAUCGAAUGAUAUUUGUUCACAAGAAUAUCCAUAUUGGGUUUCAUUAAUAGAUAAUAUGAAAAUCAAAGCAUUUGUUGAUAUGACAUUAGCACCAACUAUACGUGAUGGUGUAUUACAAUUAAUGCGACUAUCAGGAUUAGGUGGUCUUCGUCCAAAUACAGUUAUUCUUGGUUUUUAUGAUAGUGCUUUACCAGAAGAUAAAUUACGUAAUCGUUCAUUUUUUAAAAAACGUUGGCUUAAAUCAACUACUCCUGCCAAUUUAAUGACUGCACCUACAUUUCAUCAACAACCAAUAAUUCAAUCUGGUGUAAUGGAAGGUGCUAGUACAAUAACAUUAAAUUCAUUUAAUAGUUUAACAACAAUAAAUGGUAAUGAUAUGUAUCCAAUAUUUAAUUUUGGAGAAUUACGUCAAGAAAAUGAAGACAAAGACCUUGAUGUUUAUUCAUAUGUACAAAUAAUAAAAGAUGCACUUUAUCUUAAUAAAAGUAUUUGUCUUGCUCGAAAUUUUCAUCAAUUACAGAAAGAUGAUAUGGAAUUAAAUAAACGAAAAGUUUUCGUAGAUAUUUGGCCAAUUGCCUGCUUUUUAGAUCCUGUAACUUAUCGAUUAAUGAGUGAUAAUGAUAAAAAUGUAGCUGAAGCAUAUAUUAUUAAUGAAGCAUAUAAUCGUAAUUUAUCUCAACAAAUUGUUGUAGAUACUACUCUUCCAUCUAAUACAAAUAGUUCUUCAUCAACAACACAUUCAGCUAACAUCAAUAAUCAACUACACAAUUUCUCAAUAGGAUGUGGACUUGAUCCACCUCCACUUAGUUCAACCAAUAUUCGUUCGAAUCGAACAAUACAAGAAGAAAUUGCAUAUUAUAUCGACAAUGUUAAAAAUUUUACAACAUUUGAAGAGUUUUGGAAAACUCAUCAAAUGGAGCUUCCAUGUCUCUCAGCACUUGUUCGAUCAUUCAAUAUUCGACCAGUCACAUCUGUUCCCAGCGAAAGUUUGUUCAACAUUGCUGCUUAUGUAAAUCAAAAACAACGUUCGUCGAUGUCUGCAAAGGCACUUCAAUAG